CAGGACCUUGCUCCGACCCCCACAGAGCUGGAUAGGCCCAUGGCACCCUCAAGUCCGAGCAAGUCGAAACAGCCAUCUCUACGACACUCGUCCUCCUGGUCUCCGCCCAAGCAGAAAUCCAACCCCCCAAGCCCAUCGAGGAGAAGUGGCGGUAGCCAAAGUGGCAAAGCUUCAGGAAACGGCAGUAGCAGCAGCUUCAAACCGCAUCCUCCUGUCACUGGCAUGGACGAAGUGGAUGAGAUGUGGCGCUCAUUGCUGCAGCGUUUUCCACAGUACCCCCACUGGUGCCUAGUGAAGGAGAAACGCUGCGUCUAUCGCAUGGGCAGCCAAAGUGGCAAGAAGGUGGUCUGCAGAGUCAGCCCUGGUGGCCUUCAGGUUCGCGUGGGCGGCGGUUGGAUGGCGGCGCUUCCCUUUCUGGAGAGGUAUGGCCCCGUGCAUAUGGGCCCACGCUGUGGCGAAGAUCCACAGUUUUUCCAUUGCACCAACGUGGAUUUGCCCGCUUCCAUGGAGCGGCUGCUAGUGCCUACAAAGAGCUGGGCGCAGAGGAUUGGUAUUCGAAAAACGCCCGAUCUACGGGAGCAGCGGCGUUUGCAGGAGCCCAUGGAGGCGCGGCAGAGCUGGUCGAGGUGUGCGCCCCCCAGCGCCACCGCCGCCACCAGCGGCGCCAUGGCUCCGGGCCCCUACGCGGCUCCCGUGCCUGAUCUUCCAGUUCCUCAGGCGAUGGAGGCGAUGCCUGAGACAGAGAAGCAGGUGCUACAACCUUUGGUGCCUUGGCCCGGGGACAAGAGGAACACCACGGCCCACCAUCCACGCUGUGAGCCUGGCAUGUGACCGGCCGAUGACCCGAUAUGACCGGCAUGGAAUUGGGAGUAUCU